GAAUCAAAGAAACACAACAAUAAUCAAUCUUAUGUUUUUAGAAAUAUAGUCUACUCGAGAACAAAAGCAGCGAUUUGACAGAAAUAAGAAAAGAAAGAAAAAGGUGGAGUUAAUGAUGGCUACAAUGAUGUUUACUGUAUUGCUUUGCCUUUCGGCUGCAACAAUGUCGAUGGUUCGAGGUGAAGACCCAUAUUUCUUCUUCACAUGGAACGUCACUUAUGGCACCAUCUCUCCCUUGGGUGUUCCCCAACAAGGCAUUCUCAUCAACGGCCAAUUCCCCGGACCCAAUAUCAACUCCACAUCCAACAAUAACAUAGUUGUUAACGUCUUCAACAACCUCAACGAACCCUUUCUUCUACAUUGGAGCGGUAUUCAACACCGGAAAAACUCAUGGCAAGAUGGACUACUUGGAACCAAUUGCCCAAUCCCACCGGGAGCAAACUUCACCUACCAUUUCCAAGUUAAGGACCAAAUUGGAAGUUUCUUCUACUAUCCAUCAAUUGCCAUGCACAGGGCAGCCGGAGGCUUUGGUGGCCUCCGUAUCAAUAGUCGUUUACUCAUUCCUGUUCCCUAUGCUGACCCUGAAGAUGAUUACACUGUCCUUAUUGGUGAUUGGUACACCAAGAGCCACACCACUCUUAAGCAGAUCUUGGACAAUGGUCAUCGCUCCAUUGCUAGACCUGAGGGUGUCCUAAUUAAUGGGAAAACUGCAAAAGGUGAUGGAACCGAUGAGCCACUCUUCACCAUGAAGCCUGGAAAAACUUACAAGUAUCGAGUUUGCAACGUGGGACUAAAGACAUCUCUCAACUUUAGAUUUCAAGGACACACCAUGAAGUUGGUGGAGAUGGAGGGGUCUCAUACCGUGCAAAACGAUUACCAAUCACUUGAUGUCCAUGUUGGACAAUGCUUUUCAGUGCUAGUCACAGCCAACCAAGAGCCCAAAGAUUAUUACAUGGUUGCAUCAACCAGGUUCAUUAAGAAUGUUAUUAUUGGUAAAGGAAUUAUUAGAUACACCAAUGGCAAAGGUCCUGCGUCUCCAGAAAUCCCUAAGGCACCCAUGGGCUGGGCUUGGUCCCUCAAUCAAUUUCGUACCUUCCGUUGGAACCUAACUGCUAGUGCUGCAAGGCCUAAUCCUCAAGGUUCUUACCAUUAUGGUUCCAUCAACAUUACUCGAACCAUCAAGCUAUUCAAUUCAGCUACUAAGGUGGACGGUAAGCUGCGAUAUGCCAUCAAUGGUGUCUCUCAUAUUGAUCCUGAAACUCCACUAAAGCUUGCAGAGUACUUUGGAAUCGCUGACAAGGUCUUCAAGUACGAUAUCAUAUCUGAUGAAGGGCCAACAGAAGGUGCAACUGCCGUAACUAUUGCUCCUAAUGUUGUUAAUGCAACCUUUCGCAACUUCAUAGAGAUCAUUUUUGAGAAUCAUGAAAAGAGCCUCCAGUCAUGGCAUUUGGAUGGCUACUCUUUCUUCGCUGUUGCCAUUGAGCCUGGGAGAUGGUCUCCAGAGAAACGAUCAAACUACAAUCUUCUAGAUGCUGUGAGCAGGCAUACAAUCCAAGUAUUUCCUAAUUCAUGGGCAGCCAUUCUUCUCACAUUUGACAAUGCUGGAAUGUGGAAUUUAAGAUCUGAGUUGACAGAAAAUCGUUACUUGGGACAACAACUUUAUAUGAGUGUUCUUUCACCCGCUCGCUCCCUUAGAGAUGAGUACAACAUCCCAGACCACACUUUACUCUGCGGUUUGGUGAAGGGCAUGCCAUUACCCAAGCCCUAUACCAUUUGAAACUAUUCCAAAUGCCCCUUUUCAACUCCAGUUGUGAAAAUAUGCUGCACAUCAAGUAAUUUGGAGAGGUUAAAUUUCCAUGCAUGAAUGUUGCUAGUAAUUAAAAAUGUAAGAUUCUCUUCUUUAUAAUUUUUAUUUGUAGUAUUGAGCCUUCUUGUUUUCUUUUUGCCUUUUUUGCUUUUCGUAUAAUGAAUUUUGAAAUAAAACACAAAUUUUGCAUCAA